AUGGGCAAUGACACCGACUUGGUUGAGACUCUACUUCGACAACUUUCGACUGUGUUUAAAAUCCGUGAUCUUGGAACUCCGGGGUUUUUUCUUGGCAUUGAAACUCUGCACACCAGUAACGGACUUCUCUUGACACAGCGCAAGUACAUGCGUGAUCUUCUUCAGCGAGCUGGAAUGACGGACUGUAAGCCGCUUGCUACCCCAGCCGCUGUGACGAAAGCAGUUACACCGUCUACACAGCCUUUCGACAAUCUAACACAAUACCGGCGGAUAGUUGGGGCUCUUCAGUAUCUCACCAUCACUCGUCCUGACUUAUCUUAUGCGGUUAAUCGUCUUUGUCAGUUCAUGCACUCUCCGAUUGUGGAUCAUUGGGGGCUAUUGAAGCGGGUCCUGCGGUACAUAAAGGGCACUAUUGACUUUGGGUUACGUCUAUCAGCUACGAGUUCCACUGCCAUUCACGCCUACUCUGACUCUGAUUGGGCAAGUUGUCCUAUUGACAGGAAGAGCACUAGUGGGUAUGCUGUCUUCUUGGGCUCUAAUCUGGUUUCCUGGCUCUCCCGAAAACAGCGUACAGUUGCCCGCUCUUCUACUGAAGCUGAGUACAAGGCCUUAGCUGACGUCUCCGCAGAGGUUACUUGGAUUGUUUCGGUACUUCGUGAGAUUGGUUUGUACAGUGGGUGUCCAGCUACCUUGUGGUGUGAUAAUUUGGGUGCGACGUAUUUGUGCGCCAAUCCGGUUUUUCACGCCAGGACUAAACACGUCGAAAUUGAUUACCAUUUUGUUCGGGAUCGUGUUGCGGCAGGCGACUUUGUUGUUAAUUUCGUGUCUACUAGAGAUCAGCUCGCAGAUGUGUUCACCAAACCUCUACCAGCGUCUCGGUUUGCAAUGCUCCGUGACAAGCUCAACGUUGUCUCUCAUCCACCGUAA